AUAGAGAAAUGAGAGAGAGAGGCAGGAGAUGGGGGUUCCAAGAGAGAAAAGUCUCUGUAAAAAAGAGCUUUGACUCUCUCUUCUCCAAUGGAGGAUUUAAUUUUCACACCUUCUUGAAUUAAACCUUUUUCCCAUUUUCACAUUCUUUUUCUCAUUUCACAACUACCCCUUUUUCUCAUUUAUCAUUUUACUCUUCAUUUCAGGUCUUUGCCUUUUAAUUCAUUUUAUCUCCAUACAAACCAAAAUCCAGAUAGAACUAACCAAAAAAAAAAAAACCUUCUUUUCUGCAGGAUUUGAUAUUUUGAAAUUGUUAUGGGAAAUUGCUGUGUGACACCUGGUAAAUCUUCUGAGAAAAAGAAGAACAAGAAGAAGAACAAACCAAACCCUUUUGCUAUUGAUUAUGGGGCAACUCAAUCAUCAGCUGAAGGUGAUGGAAACAAGCUUGUUGUGUUAAAAGAUCCAACAGGGCACAAUAUUAAUGAAAAAUAUGAUCUUGGUCGUGAGCUCGGAAGAGGGGAAUUUGGGGUUACAUAUUUAUGUACUGAUGUUGACACAGGGGAGAAAUAUGCUUGUAAAUCGAUAUCGAAGAAGAAACUUAGGACAGCUGUAGAUAUUGAUGAUGUUAGGAGAGAGGUUCAGAUUAUGAAGCAUUUGCCUAAGCAUCCUAAUAUUGUUACCUUACGGGAUACUUAUGAGGAUGAUAGUGCAGUGCACAUUGUGAUGGAACUUUGUGAGGGUGGUGAGUUGUUCGAUCGGAUUGUUGCUAGAGGACACUAUACAGAGAGAGCAGCAGCUGGUAUUAUGAGGACUAUAGUCGAAGUUGUCCAGAUGUGUCACAGGCAUGGAGUAAUGCAUCGUGAUCUCAAACCCGAGAACUUUCUCUUUGGUAACAAAAAAGAAACAGCUCCACUGAAGGCUAUUGACUUUGGGCUGUCGGUGUUUUUUAAACCUGGGGAACACUUUAAUGAGAUAGUGGGAAGUCCUUAUUACAUGGCUCCAGAGGUCCUAAAACGCAAUUAUGGCCCGGAGGUUGAUGUGUGGAGUGCUGGAGUUAUUCUUUAUAUUCUUCUCUGCGGUGUUCCACCUUUCUGGGCAGAGACUGAACAAGGAGUCGCCCAAGCAAUUAUUCGCUCUGUAGUUGAUUUCAAGAGAGAUCCAUGGCCUAAGGUUUCUGAUAAUGCAAAGGAUCUUGUAAAGAAGAUGCUUGAUCCAGAUCCAACUCGACGGCUCACAGCUCAGCAAGUUCUUGAGCAUACUUGGUUACAAAAUAUAAAGAAAGCACCAAACGUCUCAUUGGGUGAGACUGUCAAAGCAAGGCUCAAACAAUUUUCAGUUAUGAACAAGCUCAAGAAAAGAGCUUUAACGGUUAUCGCGGAGUUUUUGUCAGCGGAGGAAGUGGCUGGAAUGAAGGAAGCAUUUGACCAGAUGGAUACAGGAAAGAAAGGCAAGAUUAACCUUGGAGAACUUAAAAUUGGUCUUCAAAAGCUGGGCCAUCAGAUUCCUGAUGCCGAUCUUCAGAUUCUCAUGGAAGCCGCUGAUGUUGAUAGAGAUGGAUGUUUAAAUUACGCGGAGUUUGUCGCUGUAUCGGUUCAUCUAAGGAAAAUGGCAAAUGAUGAGCACCUGCACAAAGCGUUUUCAUUUUUUGACAGAAAUCAGAGUGGCUACAUAGAAAUCGAGGAGCUGCGCAGUGCCUUGAGUGAUGAGGAUGAUGGCAACAGUGAGGAAGUCAUCAAUGCCAUUAUGCAUGAUGUUGACACUGACAAGGAUGGUCGCAUUAGUUACGAAGAAUUUGCUGCAAUGAUGAAGGCUGGAACGGAUUGGAGAAAAGCAUCGAGACAGUAUUCUCGUGAACGUUUCAAUAGUCUCAGCUUAAAAUUGAUGAGGGACGGCUCAUUACAACUUGGAAACGAGGCUAAAUGAACAAAUGCAGAAGAAAAGAAUUGUUAAAAGAGGAAAAAAAGGAAAUCAUUUUAUGGAUAUUUCCUUUUUUUCUUUAUUGAGUAUGAAAUUCUUCUUUACCUCUCUCACUUUGUACUCGAAAAUUUUGCCCUCCUGUCUGAGCUCCAUCAUUGGCAUAUCAGAAUAUUGAGGUGAGGUCUGCAACUUGUUACCCCUUAGGCAAUCUUGAGUUUUGCUAAUUCUGCAACUUGUUACCCCCUAGUAAAACAGAAAGCAUUUAACAAAGAAUCUUUGAGUUUUUUUUGUUUUUUUUUUUUGCAUUGUUGUAAAUACAUGGAUUUGUUAAAAGCUCAUGGUCAUACUAUCAAAAGCAAAAUUAACAAAAAGAAGGCUCAUUGUCAUUGAUUA